AUGCACCAGUGCGAGAUUUGUCACCACGAAUUUCCUCGACCCAGUGGGUUGAGAACACAUAUGAACAGUCACAACAACGUCCGACCCUACCCUUGUACGUACCCAGGCUGCACGAAGACGUUCGGUGUACGUUCCAAUGCCAAGCGGCAUCUUCGUACCCACGGUGCAUUUCCCCAGACCGGCGAGACCAAUCAAGUCGGCCAAUACACUGUCGAUUUGUUGCCUCCCGGGGUGAGCUCUAACACUGACGCAGUGCACCCUGCCCCUCGCCAGGUCCAGCCACCUUCCACCAGCACGAAGUGGGUUCCCUCGAGCCUCAUGUCUUGUACCAAUGCAUUGCGGCUCCGGGAAGUAGAAUCUUCAUCCUCAGAGUAUGAUGGAGACGAAUCCGAUUCCAGCAGUAGAAACGGGCAGCUAUCUUUGCCGCUGCCUCCGGUUGUGCCCUCCGUUGUCAACGAUGAAACAGAUGACAGGUUCGAAGAAAGAAAUUCUUAUCUUGCUAUGCCAUCGCAUCCAUACCAUCCGUCUCAGGUGCUCCCUUCCUUAAUUUAA